GGAAAGGCCGAUUUUCAAACGGCGGCAUGAUAUCACAACUUUAAUGAUUGACCCAAAAUUCAACAGGCAUCCCAAGUACGAAGAUCAUUUUUGUCACUUCCUCUAUGCCAGCUAUACAGGGAAGUUCAUUUUGUCCUUUUUUCAUUUCCGGACUGUUCCACUAUUUCGAUUUAGUAUCCUGGAUUUGUCUGCUGUUAAGGAGAUCCUUCGGUUGGGUGUACUAAGAAGUAUUGACAGGAGUCAGGCUGUCCUUCAUAACUACUAUGAAGGCCAAACGUCUUCAUGUCCUCCUUGUUAUAGCCAUAGGUCUACUGAAUUCCCCUCUGAAUGCAGGGAUAGACAGUCAACAGAUUCGGCUGGUCAACGGGAUGACUCGUUGUUCUGGACGAGUGGAGGUCUUACACGAAGGCCAGUGGGGAUCAGUCUGCGAUGAUGCCUGGGGCCUACAGGAGGCAGAAGUUGUGUGCCGCCAGAUGAAGUGCGGGACGGCCCUGGGGGUAAAAUACCAAGCCCACUUUGGCCCGGGGGCUGGCCCCAUUCUGCUGGAUGACCUUAGGUGCAAUGGCCAAGAGAGGACACUGGGAGAAUGCAAACACGCAGGCUUUGGGGUCAAUAACUGCGGCCAUUCGGAAGAUGCCGGCGUCGAGUGUUCAGAGAAAGUCAAGCUGUUCAACGGCACUGAUCGUUGCAACGGUCGACUGGAAGUUGAACACGAGGGCCAGUGGGUGAAGAUUUGUAAUGACAGCCAUUGGGGAAAUAAGGAAGAGUCACUGGUGUGCCGUGAGUUAGAAUGCGGCACGCCGGAUAAAAAGGCUGUGAGGCUCAACAUCGGAGCGGGUUCUAAUCUGGGAAGUUUCACGGCCGGCUGCGUCGGCGCUGAGACCUCCAUCGCCGCCUGCCCGCUUCAGUCGAACCUGAGCGCAUGUGAAGCAGCAGUUGUUUACUGCACAGACCCAGACACAGUGGCGAUGCGGCUGGUCAACGGGCCCACCAGCUGCUCCGGUCGGGUGGAGGUGUUCUACCGCGACCAGUGGGGCACGGUGUGUGACGACGCUUGGACCAUGACGAACGCCGAGGUGGUGUGCAACUCACUGGACUGCGGCACGGCCCUGGAGAUCAAGCCGCGCGCCUUCUACGGCCAGGGCAAGGGGAUGAUCUGGCUGGACGACGUGCGCUGCUCCGGCCAGGAGACCUCGUUGCAGAAAUGCAAACACAGUGCAUUGAGCAUCCACAACUGCGGCCACGGCGAAGACGUGGGGGUCGUGUGUUCAGACCACAUCAAGCUGCUCAAUGGGACUCAGCGUUGUGAGGGUCGCAUUGAGGUCAAACAUGGUGAUCAGUGGAGGAAAUUGUGCAGCAGUGGCUGGAGCCAGAAAGAGCAUGAGGUGUUGUGUCAGGAGCUGAAAUGUGGGACCCCGCUUACUGGACAGGAUAUGCCAGACUUUGAGGACAGAAUUGCGCCAAUAGGAGUCAAGGCAAGGUGCCUGGGAAACGAGACGUCCUUCAUGGAGUGUGAAAUCAAUGAAACAGCCGACACUUGUGACAGCGCCUCCCUUCUCUGUGCAAACACUAAACAGAUUCGGCUGGUCAACGGGACGACUCGUUGUUCUGGACGAGUGGAGGUCUUACACGAAGGCCAGUGGGGAUCAGUCUGCGGUGAUGGCUGGGGCCUACAGGAGGCAGAAGUUGCGUGCCGCGAGAUGAAAUGCGGGACGGCUCUGGGGGUCAAACAUGAUGCCCACUUUGGCCAGGGGGCUGGCCCCAUUCUGCUGGAUAACCUUGGGUGCAAUGGCCAAGAGAGGGCACUGGGAGAAUGCAACCACGCAGGCUUUGGGGUCAAUAACUGCGGCCAUUCGGAAGAUGCCGGCGUCUUGUGUUCAGAGAAAGUCAAGCUGUUCAACGGCACUGAUCGUUGCAAUGGUAGACUGGAAGUUGAACACGAGGGCCAGUGGGUGAAGAUUUGUAAAAACAGCCAUUGGGGCGAUAAGGAAGAGUCACUGGUGUGCCGUGAGUUAGAUUGCGGCACGCCGGAUAACAAGCCUGUGAGGCUCAACAUCGGAGCGAGUUCUAAUCUGGGAAAUUUCAUGGCCAGCUGCGUCGGCGCUGAGACCUCCAUCGCCGCCUGCCCGCUUCAGUCGAACCCGAGCGCAUGCGAAGCAGCAGUUGUUUACUGCACAGGCCAUCCAGAUAUUAAACUGGUGAAUGGCAUUGAUCGAUGCUCGGGGAGAGUGGAGGUCCAAAACGACGGCCAAUGGGGAACCGUGUGUGAUGACUCCUGGGACAUCAGGGACGCACAGGUCGCAUGCCGAGCGAUGGACUGCGGAACACCCUUACUCAUCAAACCUGCAGCCUACUAUGGCCCGGGCCGGGGUAACGUCUGGUUAGACGACUUGGAAUGUUUUGGUAACGAGACCUCGCUCAUGCAAUGCAAACACAGACACUUCGGUCGGAGCCGCUGUAACCACAUGGAAGAUGCUGGAGUGCAAUGUUCAAUUUCCACCCGACUCCUGAACGGGAGCAACCGCUGCUCAGGCAGAGUGGAGAUCCACCAGGAAGGACACUGGGCACCAGUGUUUAAUGCUAACUGGGGGCUCAAUGAAGCGCUUGUGGUGUGCAGAGAGAUGCAAUGUGGAGAACCGGUGGUGGCCUCAACACCGUUCAAUUUCGGACAUGCCGGCCAGGCGACAGGGUACACCACCACUUGUAACGGCAGAGAAACCUCGAUAAGCCAGUGCUCCCUGAGAGGAUAUGCCCAGACCAGCCAGAAUCAUGCUGCUGCGGCAACAGUAGUUUGUUCAGGUAACGUGAGGUUAGUCAAUGGAUCCAAUAAGUGCACCGGAAGGGUUGAAUUGUACCAGAAUGGCCAAUGGGGAAGUGUGUGCGAUGAAACCUGGGAUAUGAAUGAUGCGGCGGUGGUGUGUACGUAUCUCCAAUGUGGUAGGGCCCAGAAGAUUCCUAAUUCUGGCUUCUUUGGCCGAGGCAGCACAAACAUGUUGAUCGGAGAAAUUAGUUGUACUGGAAGCGAGCACUCACCCGACGAAUGCAGACAACAGAACAUUGGUUCCUCGACUUGCAACAGCACCUCAGUGGCUGGACUUCUGUGCUCAGAUGGUUUGCCCACGCGCUUGGUCCAUUCCACGGGUCAAUGUUUUGGGAGAGUGGAGGUCCAACACGCAGGCCAGUGGGGCACCUUGUGUGGUGAAGACUGGUCCAUGUCCGACGCCAUGAUUGUGUGUAGUCUCUUGGGAUGUGGGAAGGCGGCGAGCAUCUCUGGGAAUGCACAGUUUGAGCAAGGCACCGGGCCCAUAUGGGAAGCCAGCGAUCUGUGUUUCAACAAUGAGGCGUCAGUCUUCAAAUGCUCACAGAGUGGAUUCAACGGCACUAGCUGUGGCCACAGACAGGAUGCCGGUGUUGUCUGCACAGAAUCAAUAAGGUUGGUCAAUGGCAGAAGCGAAUGUUCUGGCCGUCUGGAGAUUUCACACAAUGGCCAGUGGGGAACGAUAUGUGACGACAAAUGGGAAAUGAGUAACACUGAAGUAGUGUGCCGGCAGAUGGGGUGUGGCCAGGGCCUUUCUUUCAGUGGUGAAUUUGGUGCAGGAAGUGGCCCAAUAUGGAUGGACGAUGUUGUUUGUACCGGUGAAGAGGACGCGAUCACUCAGUGUUCUCAUCCGAACUAUGGCGAAAAUAACUGCGGUCAUAGUGAAGAUGUGGGCAUUGUAUGUUCAGGAAAGUUAGCCAAGCCACAUGUAUCUCUGAACCCGGGUCCAGUGGUAAACUUCGGUGACAGAGUUGAAAUAACGUGCUCUGUGGAAAUGACCGACCACCUGGGAGGAAUGUUUGUCUUACAAAAGACACCAGGCCCCUUCAGAAUGCAGAGAUACUCUGUGAGUGAAACUGAAACCUUCACUAUCCCCAAGACCAACUUGAGCCAUGGAGGCUUGUAUCACUGCAAUUUUCAAAAGAAAAUCCCAUCUAAAACCAUUGACAUGCUGGGGGAUCCUGUUGAGCUCAAAGUCACAGUGAAACUCCAGCAGCCCAUCAUCUCCCUGCCAUCGGGUGGCCCCAUGAUGCUUAUGCCCACUAACAAAAUAGAGGUCGAGGGAGGAAGCACCUUCGCCAUCUCUUGCUCCAUUUUCUCCAAAUACGAGGGGGGCUCCUUCUACCUGCGCAAGACCAACAACAAUGCCACAAAGCUUCAGGCAGCGUUAAGCCACUCCAUCAUCCAAGUGGCUUCCUUUGAUUUCUCAGGAGUGACCCCGCAAGAUCAGGGCGAUUACACAUGUGUCUAUUCCAUCAAUAUCUCUACACAAUCCUUCCAUUCAGUCCCCUCGAAAACAAUCCAGGUCAUAGUGUCAGUGAAACUCCAGCAGCCCAUCAUCUCCCUGCCAUCGGGUGGCCCCAUGAUGCUUAUGCCCACUAACAAAAUAGAGGUCAAGGGAGGAAGCACCUUCGCCAUCUCUUGCUUCAUUUUCUCCAAAUACGAGGGGGGGUCCUUCUACCUACGCAAGACCAACACCAACGCCACAAAGCUUCAGGCAGCGUUAAGCCACUCCAUCAUCCAAGCGGCUUCCUUUGAUUUCUCAGACGUGACCCCGCAAGACCAGGGCGAUUACACAUGUGUCUAUUCCAUCAAUAUCUCUGCACAAUCCUUCCAUUCAGUCCCCUCUAAAACAAUCCAAGUCACAGUGUCAGGAUCUGAUGUCCCUUCAACCAUGAGAAGAACCAUGGUUGGUCUCGCACUUGUCCUGGUACUGUCCACCAUUGUGUAUCUAUGCUGGAGAAAGAGAAGAAUGGCGUCACGUGCCAUGGUACAUAAGGGCCAAAACGAGGUCGAGUCCGACAACAAUCUGGAGAGUAAUGCUACCGAAGACCUAAUAGGGCGAGUUUCUUACGAGCUUGAGCCACUUAUUCAUUCAUGAAAACAAACACAGUAGAAGUGCCAAUGGGAUGUGGUGUUAUGUAAUCAUUCAUAUAUCGUCAGGGUUCUGGAAAUGGAACUGAAUAAUCUACUGAAAUGUUAAUUGAGAGAUAACCGUAUGUAGAUACCACUUUGACAGCCUUGUCACGUUGCUGACAUGUAAACAGGCUUCAGUUUGUAAUAUAUGAUUUAAUAUGAAUACAAAAACUAAAAUCGGUUGAGAAAUGUAAACGCAAUUGUGCUUAUCCCGUUGUAUUUGCUUAUAGACAUUGCCAAUAUGUCAGCGAAGUUGACAUACGAUCCAAAGGCCAAUGUGCUGUCUAUGUACUGUAUAUAUGUCUAUCGAUGGCACUGAAUGCAAAAUUAGGUAUUCAGUUCCUACAUGCUGUUUGAGUUUAGUUCAAAGAUGGGACCAAGAUGGGCCCAAGAUAUUUAAAGGGAUGAUGUCAUGCCACCAGGUGUGUGAUUAGCCAUGAAAAGCCAUUUGAAAAUCUUCCUUUCCCGGUACCCUAGUGACAUCCUUAUUGGGCCUACCUAGAUCUAUGCUGGAUAGAUCAGUCCACCAGCCUACCAAGUGGACUGUGACAAUUGCUGCUUAUCUAUCAAUCAUACAUCUAGGUGGACACGCCCACUAGUGAUGUCACUAGGGCACAGGGAAAGGCAGAUUUUCAAACGGCUUGUAAUGUCUAAUCACACUCACACAUGGUGGAAUGAUAUCACCCCUUUCCGACCGAGUCACAGAUUAUCAAAAAAUGAGGUAAAAUAAAUAAAGGUAAUACGAAUGAAUGUGGCUACAGUGUUUGCCAUUAAAUGCCAUUAAAGAAGGCAUUGGUGUGAAAGAAAGAGAUGGCUCGCUAUGUUUUUGAAUGUCUUUGUAUUGGAUUAAAUAUCUUAGCCUCAAGCAUUGUAACCUUUUUGACCGAUAUUGCACGAUUUUUAUUUUAGUUUGAGACCACUGCUGAUGAUGAUGUCAGAUAACAAAGUUUAUUAACUGUGCCAAUGUGGAUAUCUCAUAGCGAUGUACUUUUAAAUAAAGUAGUUGAUGUUA